AUGGAUUGCGCCAACCAUGGUACUCUCAAACAGUUUGGUGAUGCUGGCGGUAUCAUCGAUCAGUUGACGGUGAAAUUUACCCGGGAGUUGUGCACAGCCAUAGCUUAUAUGCACGGCAAGGGGGUCAGUCACGGGGACGUUCAUAUUAGAAACAUACUGGUGUUCACCGCACCCGGCGGUGGGUAUACAGCGAAAUGGACCGACUUUGGUCUGGCGGUGUCCCGAGACGUGUUCGCCCGGUGGGGACACGAGCUGACGCCCAGAGUGAUGUACAAAUGGGCCCGGGCGGAUACCACCUAUUUGCAAAAACUGACCAAAUACAUGUUGGACACGUGCGCGAACACACCAGGAAUCGUCUGCAAUGGCCCAACCAUACGUCCCCACCGGACACACAUCACCCGCACGGGAGAGUCAACGACCGCACCGGCAGCUACAGAGCCUCUACAAGAUGACAACCGGACCAGUCGUACGGGCGAUACGGCGUUCGGUGAAGUAAACGUAAGCAGCGACCAGUGGCCGGGCGGACGCGUAGAGCGAGUGUCGAUGUUGCCCAUCCCUACAGUCUGUCUCAUACUCGCCAACAAUUGCAUAUACCUGUUGUGGGCCUGGGCUUUGUUGGGCAUGUCCAGUCCGACAGGUACGGCUCGACCAACCGGUGGCCCAAAAAUUCCAGACUCGGCCAAUUCGGUUGAAUACAGAGGCUGA